GAGAGAUCUCGGCUCGCUGUCCUCUCCAGGAACCUGGUGGUGGCUCGAAGCAGAUCCGUGCGGUCUUCUAUGCAGCUUAGGGUGUCGGAUCUGGGUCGAUGGAUGCGUUCCUCUGCUUCCCCUGUCCCUUCCGUCGGAACCCUAACUGGCCGGAAUGAAGCGAUUGAGUCGAGUCUUGAGUCUACUGGUUGUUGGGGAAGUUUCUGGGGUUGCCGUCCGGCUAAGGAGCAAGACAAAAAGGUAUUUGCGAGGUGGCUUUCCCGGAAACGCACCGUGAGGUGAGGAUAUACUAAUUUGUGUUCCAUUUCCUUAUCUUUUGGCGAUUAGUAUUCUGGUUAGGGUUUGUUUAUCUCGGAGAAGCCUCUGGUCAUGCUGGUCUUGUUUUGCGUCUCUGAGCCGGGUCAGUCGGACGGGUUGUCCGUUUUUGGUUUAAGACCGGAACAAUGAAAACCCGGGGAAUCCAAGCCUUUCUGAUGAUGCACCUCUGGGUGGUGAUGCUAUUGGGACAAGCUCUACAUUCUGAUCAUAAGGGACUAAUAGUUUGGAUUUGCUUUGUAUUUCAGUUUAGGUUUUGGUCUUCUCAGGUAAGUAGUUGUUCUUGUGUCAUUAGGAUCAAUUUAGGUGGUUCAAGAGAUGAUUUCACUUUGAGUUGUGGAGUGUUAUCUAUCUCAAUGUGGUUAAAAAAUGCAAUGGUUUCUCGAUUAGGUAGCGUUGGAUCCGCUAGUGUUUCAGGGUGACACUAAAUCGAACCAUUGCAUUUGGUCCAAUUCUAUUGAGGUGAAUGUUAUGUACCUUGAAUUUGGAUGUAAUCUUUUGGAUAAUGAAUAGUUGAAAUUGAG